CCAGGAAAAUCAAGAUCAUAAAUAUAUUUGUUUCAAACAAUUCAGAUUUCUAGGCGCCAAAUCGAUGAGAGAAUGAAAAUUGUAUUGGGAAAUAUUAGAAUUAUUGUUACUUGUUUAAUUGGUGAAGUUAUUGCCAUGAUUUCAGUUAUGGAGUCUUUUGAUUACGCGUAUGGCAACAUUGAACUGAUUUGCGUAAAUACUGAAACACAGCCUUUUAAGGACGGCUGUUGGUACCACCAGUUCGACAAAAGCGAUUGUUCGUCUAUAUUUCUUGUCUGCUACAAGAGCCGAAAGAUCAAUUAUAACCAAUCUGUCAGUUCUCAUGUAACCUCGAAGAAAAGAACGUUAGGCCGAAAUUUCGAGACGCCGACAGGUUCUGAAGACGACAGUUACAAUAUUGAGUCAAUAACAACACCUGUUCCAGAACUAUUGAUAAAAGAUUCGAAAAGUGGAGAAACUUACAAAGAUGAUCAGUUAUUAGUGAGUGGUGAGGGUAGGAUAGACUACAAUAAAAGUGGCAAUGAUAGUAAAACAGUUCUCGUGGACCGAGUUAUAAAUGGGUUCAAUGUGAAGAUUACAAACCAUCCGUGGACGGUGUACAUGGAAAUGUGCAACGGAGAUGAGUGCUCUUUGUGCGGUGGUACUCUCAUAGACCAAUAUUCAGUGCUGACUGCGAAACACUGUGUUAGGGGUGACGUGAAUGGGAACUGUGACGGAAGCAUCUUUGUAGGCAACAGAAGACCGAAUCAAGGAAGUACAUUCAAUUUCGGCUGCGGCGAUUCACAAGUGUUGAGAAACGGCGCCUUCGAUCUGGCUAUGAUCAAAACAUCUCAAGCAAUGGUCGGUACUCCCCUAGCUGUACCUCGAGGACCAGAGGAGGGGACAAGAGGGGGGCAGAAUGCUUACGUAUUGGGGUGGGGGCGAGUUUGCGAUGCUGAUGGGAAAUCGUGUUCGGGUCAGAAUGACCAAGCUACCACAAUACAGGGCGUGACAAUAGAAAUCCACGAUGGAUGUGCCUAUCAGCCUGCUCCCCCGAUGUUCUGUGGAGGGGGCUAUGAUUCACAAGGGUACCCCAGAGACGCCUGCAUUGGUGACUCAGGGGGAACAGUCGAAUGCAAGGACGUUCAAGGUAAAGCCUUCCUUUGCGGCGUAGUGUCCCAGGGACCCCAACCGCCUAAUUGUGGCAAGGCGCCCGGAGGGUAUGUCGGAAUUGCCAACAUCCAGAUAUUGAACUGGAUCAAGCAAAAUGCCCAAGUUUCAAAUACCCGACAGCUGGCAGUUUGGGAGACAGAAGACCAAUAUGAAGACGAUGGCUGCAAUAUUCAAGAAAAAAGUGAUCACCUCGUGCUACUUGCAACGUCAAUGUCAAUGUUACCAUCGCAUUAUAUACACAAUCGUUGACAAGCCAAAAAAAACAGUUAUUGCAUUAUCUGUCGG